AUGCGCAGCGACAUGGCGUAUCGGGGGCUCUCACAGCAUGUGGAGCUUGACCGGGCGGCUGACCCCCGGGACAGAUUUAACCUGCAGGAACUAAUAGGAGAAGGAACAUAUGGCGAAGUCUAUUGUGCUAAGGAUAAGAAAACCGGCAAACGUGUCGCUAUAAAGAUUUUAGAAAAUAUUGCAGAAAAUAUAGAAGAAAUUGAAGAAGAAUUCCUUGUGUUCCGAGAUUUAUCGAGCCAUCCUAACAUACCUGAAUUUUUCGGACUCUUUUUAAAACGAGGAGUAUCUGCUGAAGAUGACCAAAUAUGGUUUGUCAUGGAGCUAUGUACGGGAGGAUCAGUGACAGAUUUGGGUGCAAGUAUGCGAGCUAGAGGAAAUAAUUUGACAGAACCGCAACUGGCUUACGUACUACGAGGAACUGUUCGGGCUUUGACUCACCUUCACUCUCAUCGAUGUAUGCAUCGUGAUGUUAAAGGUCAUAAUAUUCUGUUAACUGAAAAUGCUGAAGUAAAACUUGUUGAUUUUGGAGUAUCUUCUCAUCUGGCCGCUACUAUUGCUAGACGGAAUACAUCAGUCGGUACUCCAUACUGGAUGGCUCCAGAGGUUAUUGCUUGUGAGCAACAACUGGAUCAGUCAUACGAUUGCAGAUGUGAUGUGUGGUCAGUUGGAAUCACAGCAAUAGAAUUGGCGGAAGGUGAACCACCUUUGUCUGGACUGCAUCCAAUGCGAGCUUUAUUCCAAAUACCUAGAAAUCCACCACCAUCACUAUCGCAUCCUGAGAUUUUUUCGCCGCAAUUAGGAGAUUUUAUUUCAGAAUGCUUAGUAAAAGAUAUGAACCAAAGACCAUUUGCAAGAGAGCUUCUAGAACACCCUUUAUUAUUAGCUGUAAAUAAUUUUGAAGACAAAAUACGAAAAGAGCUUCGCGCUGAAAUAAAAAGGCAGAGAGCUGAAGGUCGUAGUUGUCGUGCACCAGAGGCUACUACUAAAAGAGGAAAAUUAAAAUCUCACCGAAAAGCAAAACCCGAAAAAAUGUAUACGGACGAUUUAGCAACUCUUGAAACUUUAACAGAAGACGCAAUCGUUGAGCAGUUACAAAAGAGAUAUAAUCAAAAUCAAAUCUACACUUAUAUAGGAGAUAUUUUAGUGGCAGUUAAUCCUUUUACUGAUAUAGGAAUUUACACAACAAGGACUCAACAAUCAUAUCAAGGUCGCUGUCGGUCUGAUAAUCCUCCUCAUAUCUAUGCAGUAGCUGACGCUGCUCACCAAGCGUUAAUGCACCAAAAACAAAAUCAAGCUAUCGUUAUAUCAGGUGAAAGUGGAGCCGGAAAAACAGAAUCUGCCAAUCUUCUUUUGAAACAACUUGUAUAUUUAUCCAAAACUCAACAUGGAAACUUAGAAGAUAAAAUCCUACAAGUUAAUCCUAUUAUGGAAGCAUUUGGGAAUGCACGAACUGGAAUAAAUGCGAACAGUUCUCGAUUUGGAAAAUAUUUGGAUUUGUCAAUAAUGAGAGUGGGUAGAAUUUCAGGUGCUCGAAUAUCUGUUUAUCUUUUAGAACAAUCCAGAGUUGUUCAUCAAGCAUUAGGAGAAAGUAAUUUCCACGUCUUUUAUUAUCUUUAUGACGGACUUGAGAGUGAAGGUCGUUGGAGAAAAUAUUACCUAGAUGAACAGUUAAAAUCCAGGCACCGGUAUUUACAACCAUUAUCAAUAGCUCAUCGAGAACAUAAUGUGCAUCGAUGGAGACAGCUUAAUCAAGCAUUUAAAGUUGUGGGUUUUCAAGAAGAAGAGGUACAGAUUAUAUACAGAAUGUUAACUGCCAUUUUACACCUUGGUGAUAUAGAAUUUGCGGAAACUGCUGGUGAUCACAAUACUGAUAAUAGGGCUACAAUAAUAGAUACAGCGCCUUUACAUCGAGCUUCCUGUUUAUUGGGUGUAGAAACAAGUGAUCUUCGAGAAUGCUUAACAAGUAGCAGUGUAGUCACUAAAGGUGAAACAAUUGCAAGAUACAGUUCUCCAACAGAAGCUGCUGUAGCCAGAGAUGCAACCGCAAGAGGAAUAUAUGCAAGAGCAUUUGAUAGAAUUGUUGAACGAAUCAACGCAUUGCUCUGUCAAAAUAAACCUCAUAGUGACCAGCUAUCCAUUGGAAUAUUAGAUAUCUUUGGUUUUGAAAACUUUGCAAGAAACUCAUUUGAACAACUUUGCAUAAAUAUUGCAAACGAACAGAUCCAGUAUUACUUUAACCAACAUAUAUUUACGUGGGAACAACAGGAAUAUAUGGCUGAGGGGAUACCUGUUGAUCUUGUAGAGUUUUCUGAUAACAGACCUGUACUGGAUAUGCUAUUAUCAAGGCCAAUGGGUUUAUUAGCAUUACUUGAUGAAGAAAGUCGAUUUCCACGUUCUUCAGAUAGGAGUCUUAUUGAGAAAUUUCAUAGAAAUAUCAAGAGUAAAUAUUAUGUUCGACCCAAGUCAGAUGCAGUGUGUUUUGCUAUUCACCACUUUGCUGGUCGAGUUGUUUAUCAAGCGGAUGGCUUUUUGGAAAAAAAUCGCAAUUUUUUACCUCCUGAAGUUAUUCAGUUAAUGAGACAAAGUCAACAUGACAUAAUAAGAUUUUUAUUCCAAUGUCCAAUUACAAAAACCGGCAACUUGUUCUCUGCUUUACAUGGAGAAAUGGAACUUAGAAGUUUGGAAAGUCCAAUAUCAGGCGAUUUUCGAGAUCGAUUCAAUAGCAGGGGUCUUGCAUCACAAUCACGAGCUCAACAAACUGUUUCAACAUAUUUCCGUUAUUCUUUAAUGGAGUUACUUCAAAAGAUGGUUAGCGGUACGCCGCAGUUUGUAAGGUGUCUAAAACCAAAUGAUUCUCGCUCACCGAAAAAUUUUGAUUCAGCAAAAAUUUUGAAACAGUUACGAUACACUGGGGUCCUAGAAACUAUCAGAAUAAGGCAAAAUGGAUUUUCGCAUCGACUCGCAUUUGAUGAAUUUAUAAAAAGAUAUAGUUUCUUAGCAUUCGCUUACGACGAAAAAAUAAAGCCUAAUCGUGACUCCUGUCGUCUUCUGUUACUGCGAUUGAAAAUGGACGGAUGGGCACUUGGCAAAUCAAAAGUAUUUCUCAAAUAUUAUCACGUAGAGGUACUUUCACGAAUUUAUGAAGAACAGAUAAGAAAAAUCGUUUUAGUUCAAGCACGCGUGCGAGGUUGGCUUGCUCGAAAAUACUACUUGAGGUUAAAAGCGCAAAUGGCUAUCUCCGUUUUAACAUUGCAACGACAUGUUCGAGGCUGGUUAACAAGAAAACGACUUCAGGAACGUCAAAAACAAUUAGCUAGAGAAUUCCAAAAAGGUCAAAUGGAAAAGGAAAACCAAAGGAAACAACAAAGAGCAGGUGUUCCGAUAAAAGGCAAUAUUAUGGCUAAGGUACUAAGACGUGGAAGUGCAGAAGAUAGCGACAGCAAUGAUACUAAUUUAAGCAAUAAAGAGAAUGUUAAUUCUGCAGCUGCUAUAAUUCAAAGUCAUUACCGUGGUUACACAGCGAGGCGGAAGAUGGCGAAAGGUCGCGCGCCGCCGCCGCCGCAACACUCACCGCCCGCGCCGCCCACUCACCAGCAGAACAUGCAACACUACUCCGUGCAAGAGCGUGCAGCGCAACUACAAAACUUUGCUGAUCAGAUUCACGUUAAGAACCAAGAGGUACACAAGAACCUACGUCGGAAUAAACCAGGAAUUCGGUUGAAGGAUGUGAAGAAACCUCCUGAGGAAUACCAACCUCCGCCUGGGUUCAGUCUAGUACCCUCCAUCAUAAGGGGCGAACCAUUUCAAGCAGAACAAGACGCUAGCAGGCUUUCAAGUCCAUCGCCAGAGUUUUAUGAAAGCGAUACCAUGCCAUGGGAUCAAAUAUUUCAGAUAAAGGAUAUAUGCAUGAGAAAUAAUAUGAGAGAUCAAGAUAACAACAGCGAUGACAAGCCUCUACAAAACAACCGUAACCGUCAAAAUCUACCGUGCAGUAGACAAUGUAGUGGUCUAGUCAGUGGACUACUAAAGAAGGGUAAUAAAAUAAUAGAGUUAGUAAGACAAACACAAAAAACUGAAAUUCCACCGCGGCCCGUCUACAGUCCAGCCUACGACCCUGAGUCAGAUCUUCGAAAAAUUCUUCGCAAUUCACCAGAGAUCCUUGCAACACCGGUCUUUAGCUCCGACGAUGAUUAUACGGAUGGCCCCUUUAGGUUUAAACAAUUAUUGCGGCCAACCUUAGGUCCUACUGAGAGUCUUCGUAAACGAAAAGUGCGCAACUCAUCUGGUCGUAGCCCUUGGAUGUCAGACAGCUCACAAGAUAGCAACAGUUCUAAAGAGGCUCUCUAUAACAAACGGCGGCCGCAAAUCAGUAUGGGCGUUUAUUAUAAU